AUGAAACACAGGAAGAAUGGGAGGGGCGAAUGCUUACGAACAAGGACUCAGCAGUUGUGGGAUGUGUAUCAUCAAAAAUGGUGUGGACCAUGUAAAGCCUUAGAGAGCAUUUUCAAGAAAGUUAAGUUGGAAACUGGGAGUGACCUUCUCAACUUUGCUGUGGCAAAAGCAGAUACAGUUGAUGCUCUGGAGUCGUACCAGGGUAGAUGCGAGACGUGCCUUCUCUUUUAUGCUGGAGGAAAACUAGUAAACGUCAUGAGAGGAGUCAAUGCUCCACUUCUUGUGAGAACACUUGUAAGUGAGUUGAACAAGGAGACCACGAGUCAUUGCAGGAGACGAGAAAAGGAAAUCGCUCAGCCUUGCAUUCAUUCAAUGGCUCCGGUCAAGAUAGUUGAUACGGGUGCAACAAUGAACACAUCUGUGAACUUGGAUGAAACAAUGGAAGAAGAGCAAGAUUCUCAGAAAGAGGCAGAGAAAAGUGUACCAGAAGAUCAACAAAAGAAAGAAGUGACACUAGCUAUUAUAAAGCCAGAUGUGAUUAAUGAUGGAAAACUACAAGACAUUUUAGAUGAGAUAGCUGCUGCUGGCAUCAAGAUUUUAGAAACACAAAGAAAAAUACUAAGUGAGGAGGAAGUUAAUCUGUUGUAUCCCAGUCUGCAAAAUGAGGAAUAUUUUGAUGAUAUCGUAAAGUACUUGAUGAGUGGAGAUAGCCAAAUCAUGGUUCUUUGCAAGAUGGGGACAGAGAAAGGCAUUGUUGAUGUUUGGCAAAACAUGAUCGGACCAAUGGAUUCUAGUAUUGCCAAAGAAGAAGCAUGUGAUAGUUUGCGAGCAAAAUAUGGGACUGAUAAAAUAACUAAUGGUCUACAUGGAAGUGAUUCGAUAGCAAGUGCAAAUAGAGAAGUUGCAUGCUUCUUCCCAGACUUCGAUCGUUAUUCAUCUGAUAAACCAGCUGAUGAAAGUGCAACACAUCCAGAUAAAAAGACACUGGCUGUUAUUAGGCCAGAUGCACUUGAAGAAUAUAAAGAUGCUAUUCUGGCAAGGAUAACUGAGGCAGGGUUUGAGGUGACGGAUCAAAAGGAAAUGCACCUUAGCACGGAGCAAGCUGAGAAAUUUUACAAGUGUCACCAAGAAGCACCAUUUUAUGGUGAACUUGUCAAUUUGAUGUCAAGUGGUCCUUCACUCUUCCUGUUGCUUACGAAAGAUGAUGCUGUGAACGAAUGGAGGGAACUAAUUGGUCCAACAGAUCCAGCAACAGCUAAGUUGGAGGCUCCUGAAUCGCUACGAGCACUCUAUGGUCAGGACACAGUGAAGAAUGCUGUUCAUGGCUGUAGCUGUGACGAUGAAGCUACAGAUCACAUUGACCAGAUCUUUGGAGAUGAGCUAGCUACUGGAAAAGUAUUGAAGGAAAUGGCCCCACCGGUGAAGGAGGAACUUGUGAUCAGGAGGAAGAACGGUGUCUUACACCAGUCCCAACAGAGCAAUCAGCCGAAAAUGAAGAAAGACUUGCUGAAGAAACAGAACAGCAAUCUGAACAAGAACCAUCUGCUGCAGAAAACCAGCAUGAAGAGUGUAGCACAAAUGAGCAAGUUAUUGCACACGAAGAGCGGGAAAGCGACUCUCAAAGAAGUGAACAAGGUGAAGCAAGGGAUGACAGCACAGAAGAAGUCAGCACCCCGCCAUGAACGACAACCUGCGGCGAAUAUGCAGCCAACUAGCAGCAACACCAGCAAGGCUGCAACAGUGAAAGAUGAGCAAUAAAAGCAGAAUAAGCAAGCAGCCGGCAAGAUCCAGAUGCUGAAGCUUCCAUUUAUGCUUGGAAGUUGGUUUAUAUAUUGCACCAGUUAUUAGGUGUCAUUGUGUAGUUAGUGAAAAUUAUCCACCACAGGAUAGGUAUAAGCAUACUUACAUGUAUAUGUAUAUUUAUCACAAACCAUUAUACCACGAAUACAUAAAUGUGAUACUGGAUAUUUUAGAGACAUACUUAUAAACUUUACUCAUAAAUUAAGAUAUAUGUAUAUAUUUACAAAAAGGUACAAUCUUGUUCAGCUUAAAUAUUAGUUUGAUGAUACAGUAAGACUAAAGUUGAAAAUAAAACAAAAGAUCAAUUUCGCAUAAAAGAAAUAUUUACUUUUUUAUUACUAACAUUUUUUUGCACAGUGCAAUUGCAAAACUACAAAAUAAGUGGGCUAUAUAUAGUAAUUACAAAUACAACACAUCACAGUCAUUGUUUUUUCACGAUGACUACAGUAUUAGUUUUUUGCUGGAUAAAUUAGAAGUGAAUGAUGUUAAAAACUGUAAAAACGAAAUGACCAGUUUGCAUUUUCUCUCUCUAGCACAGUUGCUAAGCCUAAUGCAUGCUUAUGCCAACGUUCCAAGUGGAGACCAUUUCACUUCUAAUAUAUCCACUUUAAUGAAAUUUCUUAUUGAAAGAUAAGCAGAUAAUACUUUGGCUUAAAUAAUUAAUCCGUUGGAAGGGAAAAUAACAAACACCUUGGUCUAGGACAGGACUAAAGUUGAAUGAACUUGGAUAUACAUCCAUUUUCAUCAUUCAGUCAGGUUUCAAGUCUCAUAACAAUGUUUCAGUAAUUUUAUGUUUCAGUGAUUGUAGGAGACAGCAACGUAGGAGAAUUGGCUCUUCAUCACCUCUCUCAACACUCACAGCCCCAUGGCAACACUCUAUGCUAUGACACCAGUCGUCGCACAAAUAAUUUGCUAACACACGAUUGAGAGCACUGGAAUCUCACCAGUGCGUGACAAGUUAACCAGUGAUAAGCCAUGAACAACAGUAAACAAUUGUAGUGAAGAGCAGCUAGCAAGUUACCUGCAGCUGCUAUCUGAUAAGAACUAGCGGAAAUACAUUUGCCACACAUCAGCGAAGGAGUCCUUCCUGUUCUAAAACUGCAGACUACAAUCUGCCAAUUGAACAGGCAAUCUGACACAAUGUUGUAUGCACGACAUUAACAGCAAGGUUUCUUUUAUCGAUUCUUUAAUACCUAGGCCGUGACAUGCUGGGAAUGUUGCCGUUGAGAGUUUGAGGAGGGGAUAUUUCUGAUGACCAACCAACUGGAAUUAAUUCUGCAUUUUUACCUGCCAGUAUACGCACACAUACAUGCACACUGUGCAUGUCUAAAAAAACACAAGUUUGCAGAUAAUCGCUGUCUCUUGUUGUCUAGACAUUAAUAAUAAGUUGCAUUUGGCUUCAUCGAGAUCAAUCAAUUGUACAGUAAAACGAGACAAUUUUUGUCAGUUUGCAAACUAGCAGUGCAAAGUGUGCCAUCCAAGAAUCUAACAUUAGCACCUUGAUAAAGGCAAUUGCUAACUGACAGUCACUUGUAACCAUCAAAUAUCUGCUACACACUGGUUCGUGCACAAGCAUAUAAUAUAAAUGUCAACUUGGUAUUAUCCAAGCUGACGUGUCCGCAUUAUAACCUAACCCAUCUGAAAACGAAUAAUCGCACGUAUUUACUGGUAUAUAACUGGGAGCCAUUGCACACGUGCUAAAAUAGAGAAGAUAUCUAUAGUAAGGCUUUGGAUAUGCACCUCAGCUACAUACUUCAGUGUUUAUUGUGACUAGUUUAUUCACUGUUUUGCCUGGCCGAUUUUUUCUAAUGCCUUUGCGAUAUCAUUUUGAAAUUCGAUGUUUUUGAGUUUACAAAUGGUGACAUCUUUAAAAAUAAUACCGAUCCAAUGGUAAUACUACAUGUUCACACAGGCUAAACAGUAUUUAGCAUUAACGUGAGGGUCAAAAAAUUCACAUUCGAAGCACAAAUUCAGACUGUAACGAUAAAAUUGGAAGGGAAAUGCUCUGGAUAGUUACAUAAUAUAUAAAUGUAUUAAAUGUCACAUUAGUCUACCAUGAAAAGCAGCUGCAUGCUUGAUGAUAUGCAUGUUGAAAAUUCGUAGCGCUGAACAGCACAACUGUAAAUUUCUGAAAAGCCGUGUCAUAUAGAAUGCCACUGCAUAAAAAUAUGCGCGCCUCUAUCGUAAAGGUAGUUAAAGUCAUGUAGUAGUUAGCUUACUUAACAUUUGUAACCAGAGAAAAUGCACAAAAUGUUCUAAGCCUACUAACGAACGCUACACAGCAACUGGUCAAAACAAAAUCGUUAUAAAAUUUUAAGAGAAAAGCAAGAUAUCUCGUACAAACGCUUCAUCACAUCCACAUUGACGUAACACAUUAGAAUUAGAAUUAACACCACGGCACAUUUACAGUGAAUGGCAAUUAAACACAAAAUCCGAAAGACUGAAAGAUGAGGUUUCCGUAAUAGUAAAAUAUCAACUAUUUUAGGAAAAUUAAAUUCCACGUAAAAUGCGUAUGUGUAGGUACCUAAACGUCAACUGGUACUGGGGUACAAGCGGUCGCAAUUCUCACCAGGGUGGGAGCAUAUAAUUAGAAUGAGAAACGCCACUGCUCUUGGCAAUCACAAUUCAAGACAUGGCUACAAAAA